AUUGAUGCAAACUGGCUACUGAUAUUUCACUCCUCGCACAACAACUUUGUCAAAUCCAAAAAAUGAAUUCAGAACAAUUAGCAAUGGCCAUUCUGCAAGAAAAGAAACAAAGCCAACAACAAAGGGAAAAAGGAAAAUUGCAACAGAUCAAAAAGAUAACGGAUCGAAAAAAAAAAAAAACCACAAAGAAGCAAGUGAAAAGAAUGGAGCUAAAGCUGAAAGCUCAAAGACUGCAAGUCAUGUCUGAAAUAAGAAAAGAAUUAAGAAUGAAAUUGAAGACAAAUUCCGAGUGUGAGCAGUACAUUAAUGAGGUGGCCUUGGAGAUCUGGGCUGACACGCCGAGCAAAAGCUUUCAACGAGGCUCGUACUUAGUACAUUGGAAGACUGGUGCGCUUCCGAAUUACUCCAGGCACUAUUGUUGCACAAACACGCACGGUACCAUCUUCCAUCUAUUAGUAUGUGUGGAUUUUUUUUUGGCAAAGCUACACUAUGUUGCAUUUCGUGUGUGUGUGUGUGCGUGUUACUCAUUUUGAAGCAUGGUUUUUUCCUACCUUGUAUAGGCCGUCAUCGAUGCUCUCAGAGCGUGCCCUGUGGAUAAGGCUCUUGUGCUUGUUAUCGAGAACAAAGCACUCAUUAGAUGUACGCAAAAAAGAAGGAGGAGGUGGAGGCUUCACUGUUUUUUUUUC